UUAGUUUGUGUAUUGUAUCUCCGCUACCAUUGCGGUAGGACGUUUAAGAAAAAGACCAUUAAAACGUCGCAUUUGCGUGUAAAGUAAUAUUUUAUCGCGUAUUUUUGCUGCUUUUUUUUUUAAUAGUUUUUUGUUUGUACAUGUGUGAUGUAUCCCGGACAACGCGAGUCCUGCGAAGUUGGGAUCAAGUGUUUUUCCGUGGAAUAAAAUGGAUAUUUCCCAAGUGUAGCCACCGGAUAUGAUUGUGUCGCUUUUUGGAACUUUGCGGAAGACUUUUUGGGACCAUUUGGAGACGAUUGGGAAUACUAAACCAUGUGUGGAGGGACAAAGUGAAACAAUAGUGAGCGUUGGAGAGAAAGCUCAUCCGGGGGAGGUCUAUUCCGCGAGGGGGGCUUUGUUCCGUCCUGUGGAGAUCAUCGAUUGAUUGAUCGAUUGUUUGAUCCGCAGCCCCAACCAACCACCACCAACAUGGAUGUGACUCUUUCCGAGCUCUUGGUUGCCUUCUUGGAGUCCCCACUCGUGUUGUGGGUGCGGACAUUGGGCCCGCUGGGGUCAUGUGACCACGUGGGCUCGGAGGAUCGUGUCAACAUGUUCAUCGAGCUCGUGGAUGGCGUCUUCCUGCACAAGAUCAUGACACACAUUGACCCCGGACCAAAUAAUCAGAGGCUGAACAAGAACGUGAACAACGACGUGUCACUCCGUCUUCACAACCUGACCCUCCUCACCCGACACGUCAGGACGUACUACCAGGAUACCCUUCAGCAGCUAAUAGUGAUGCCCCUUCCUAACAUCGUCUGCAUCGCCAAGGAUCCAUUAUCAGCAAAGAGCAUGGAGGAGCUGAAAAGACUUCUACUGUUAAUUCUUGGCUGUGCUGUUCAGUGCGAACGUAAGGAGGAGAUGAUCGAGAAGAUCAAACUGCUGGACAUCGGGACCCAGGCAGCCAUUGUGUCUCACAUCCAGGAGGUGACCCACAACCGGCAGAAUGUUCUUGACCUUUCGUGGCUGGAGGAAGGAGCAGGACUUGGACAGGAAGAGCUGGAACCGCUGUCACGCAGCAUGGCUGCAUCGCUACGGCAACUGAUUGAGCAAAGAGACAAGGCCAGUGAGGUGAUUGUGGAUCUCACCAACGAGAGGGACUACCUGUCCAGCCUGCACCCCCAGGAAAGACCAAUACGCAGCCCGGAGCAAGGCACCAGUCCUGGAGGUGUUGUCGUGAAUAACGGCGGACCAGCCUUGACCGUAACCAACCUCACCAAAGAAGAAAAGCAACAUUUGUCAGUGGAGCUGGCCGACACGAAGGCCAAGCUUCGCCGAAACAGACAAGAACUGGAGGAGAAAACGGAGCAGUUGAUGGAUUCCCGACACGAGGUGGAGCGUCUGGAUCAGGAGCUUCAGCGACUUAAACAGGAGAACCAGUCGCUGUCUUGUGAGGCGCGUUCGGUGCGAGUGUACCGCGACGAGGUUGACUCCCUGAGGGAGAAAACGGCUCGGGUUGACCGACUAGAAACAGAAUUGACUCGAUGUAAAGAGAAGCUCAACGAUGUUCACUUCUACAAGGCCAGAAUGGAGGAGCUUCGUGAGGACAACUUGACCCUGAUGGAGACCAAGAUAUUGCUGGAGGAGCAACUGUCGGUCUCCAGAGGGCGCUGUGAUAAAGUUCACACUUUGGAGAAAGACAACCUGCUGCUACGAGCUAAAAUACACGACCUGGAAAUGGUGAGGGACAAUGAGCGUCGCAGGCUGGAGGAGCUGGUGGAGGAGAACAUGCUGCUAGAGAUUGGGCAGAAACAAAGUAUGAACGAAUCGGCUCAUCUUGGCUGGGAACUGGAACAGCUGACCAAAAACCAGGAGAACUGCAGCUCCGAGACUCGGAAGUCGUUUGUACACGAGCUCAAUGAGUGUGUCUCCAGCCGGGUUUUGAAGCUGGAAAAGGAGAACGGGGAGCUUCAAGUCACGGUUGAGAGACUGAAAGAAGAUAAUCACCUCCUGCAGGAGAAGCAGCUCCACGCUCAAGUGCUGGACCGGGAAAAGCAGGGUCUCAGCAAGAAGUUGGAGCAUCUCCAAGGCUUGCUGGACCAGGAGAAACUGACCAAUCAAGACAUGGAGUCUCUUGGAGAGGAAUUAUUAAAGGAAAAACACAAUCUGGAACGAGACAUGCAUGCCCUGAGAGCGGACAAAGACCGACAGAUUUCCGAAUUGGAGAGCCAGAGGCAACAUCUCUCCGAGGCGGUGGUCUCGCUCCGUGAGCGCGCUCAAGCCGACAGCGAGGCGAGGGUCCGGGAAGUGGAGGCAGAGAACCGCCUCCUGCACCAGGGAAUUACGGACACCAGCGCUCGCUUGGCUAGCUUGGAAAUUCAACUGAAGGUUUCCCAAGAAGAGGAAGAGCGGCUGAGGGACCGGGCGGGAAGAUGCGAUGAGGUGGAGAGGGAGGUGGCGCGGCUGGAGAGAAACCGGGACGCUCUCAACAGAGAGGUGGCAUCUCUGCGUACGUGCAGUGAGCGUUCGGAGUUUCUGGAGAAGCAGGUGUCUUCCUUGGAGCAGGAGUUGCACAGACUGCAACGGGAGGCAGCGGACGCCCAGCAAGGGCUUCAGCAACUGAAGGCAGACAGACAAGGACCAGACAACGGCGUCCUCACCAAGGAGAACCUGGAUCUCCGCUGCACUCUGGAAAACCUGCGUUCCUCUUCGGCUCUCCUGGCGAAGCAACAGGAGGAAAAUCGGGAGGUGCAGAAAAAACUGCAAGAGCUGCAGAGCAGGUUCGAGGAGGUCGGAGUGGAGUUGCAAGGAGAGAGGAAGAGAGCGGAGAGACUGGAAGCAAACGUUGCCACACUUCACCAGGAGAAGCAUCACUUGGAGGUCCAUGUCGAAACGUUUAAAGAGGAGAGAGAAGAACUCCAGAGAGAAAAGCAGGGAGCCUCGAGUAGGCUGGAGGAGCUGAGGAAGGAAAUAGAGGAGCUCAGUCAGGAGCGGAGGAGGAGAGAGGAGGGCGACGCGGAGAGGAGGAAGCUUCAACUGGAUCUGGAUGAGUCUGAGAAUAGUAGGAAGCACCUGGAGAAGGAGAGCUGGAGGAUCAGACUGCUCCUGGACAACAAGGAGACGGAGCUGGAGGAGAAAGCCGCUCAAUUGGCUGUGGUCCAGAAGGAGGUCCAGGCUCUGAGCAAAGAAGUCGAUAGGCUGAAGGAGGUGGCAGUCAAGGCCAAGGAGCUGGAAAGGGAACACAAGGAGCUCCAGAAGCAAGCGACCAUUGACAAGAGAACUUUGGCUACACUGAGAGAGGAGUUGGUGUCAGAGAAACUGAGCGUCCAGCAGAACAGUGUUGAGUUAGAGAGACUCUGUGAAGAACUGGAGAAGGUUGGACUGAACCGAGAAAGACUUUUGCAGCAGGAGCUCACCCUGGAGGACAGCAAGUACAAGCUGCUUGAAUCCCGACUGGAGGAAACGGUCCAACAGGCGCUGAAGAUGAAAGAUGAGAAGAUAUCCGGUCUGGAAAAGAAACUGGAAGAGAUUAACGCACACAACAAAACGCUACGGGCGGAGCGAGCCGCUGUUGUCCAUCAAGGAGAAAAGCUCAACAUGCAAGGGUUCUCCAGAGGAGAUGAGCGACGAGACUCGGCCACGACUGAGCUGCUCCAUAUCAAAGAUCAUCUGAUUGACGUAGAAAAGAGUAACGCCUCGCUUCAGACCCAGAGCCGUUUGUUGAAGGAUCAGCUGAAACAACUGGAGAACCAGAACACCUCACUGAACAGUCAGAUGGCAACGCUGCAGCGGCACACUGCCACUCUGCAGGAGCAGAAUACGUCUCUACAUACUCAGACAGCCAAACUUCAGGUGGAAAACUCCACGCUGUCCUCCCAGAGUGCGUCUCUCAUGGCCCAAAAUGCCGUGCUGCAGGGCCAAGUCAGCGCCUUGGAGACCGAGGUGGAGUCGUGGCAGAGACAGCGUGAGGAGGCCUGGCGAGGGCGAGAAAGUGUCCUCGACGACCACGAGCGCCUGCUGAGCGUCCACGAGAGGCAGGCGCAGGAGUAUGAGCACCUGAUCGCUCAACACACCGCUCUGAAAGUCAAGCAGAGGGCGCUAGAGAGCGAACACAGAGCAACACACAACAAGUAUUGCACCUUGUUACAGCAGAAGGAGAAAUGGGAGGAGCUAGAAGGACGCGGUCAGAAGGAGAGAGAGGAGCUCAACCUCGAGCACCAGAAGAACCGACUCCUGCAGCAAGAGAACCUUCAGCUGAAAGCGGACGUGGAUAGGCUAUCACACAGCCAAUCCCAGCAGUCGGAGCAGUCGGACAAGCUCCAGCAGCGGGUGAACGAACUGAAGGGCUCCUUAAGCUCGGCUCAGCUGGAAGCAAGUCGCUGGAUGGCCCAAUACGACGGCCUCAUGGAGAAGCACCAGGGCUUGGACAUCACCAUGACAAAACUAGACAACCACUGUGAGCUGCUGAGUCGUCUGAAAGGGAACCUUGAAGAAGAAAACCAUCACCUCCUGAGUCAGAUCAACCUUCUCGGUCAGCAGAACCACACCCUGCUGGAGAGAAGCAUGGAGAGCAAAGAGCUCUACCACCAGGAACAGAAGCUCUACAUUGAUAAGCUGAACGCUCUUCGUCGUCAGAAGGAGAAACUAGAGGAGAAGAUCAUGGAUCAGUACAAGUUCUAUGACCCCACACCGAAGAAGAAGAGCCAGUGGUCGGGCGCCAAAGCUUUGGCUAAACUCAUCAAACCAAGAAAGGACGGCAGCAGGGAACGAGGCGGCGACCGAGACAAGGAAGGCGGCAAAGACCGGGAGCGAGCCAAGAGCGCCCCGGAUAUCCCCCUGCCUGCGCCCCCGCCUCUGCUCCCGCCGGAAACCCCACCCCCACCUCCCCAGAGGACAGGAAGUGACUCCCAGGACAACGGCCACGCCCACAGUAAACAUAGCAACCACUGCGCCAGUCCGGUGUUGACGCCCAUCAGUCGAGGUUUGAUUGACAGAGGACGGGGGCCAUGCCGCAGCAGCACGGCUACAGACAGCAGCGUCCUUGGCGACGACGGACACGGACACGGCCUAUCUCAAACCCACAAAGCUCUGAGUUCCACCCCGAGCCAUCAGUCAUCGUCAUUGGCCCUAAGCAGCUCCACUUCGCCACUGGAACAAGGCGCCGGCUGCAGACCGAGAGGAAUGUUCUUUGACGACGACACGGGUGCUGUGUUUGGCGCCCAUGGUCACAUGGGAGGUCGUCCGGGAUCAGCUGUCAGUCACCGCACCUCCAGCUCAAACUCACCUGUCAACUGCAGAGACGCAUCAGACGGUCAUCUCUGGUCGGGUAGUCUGUCCAGCGAUGACGUCACAGGUCUAAGUCAAUCACACCCGACCUUGUCACGUAGCGUGACCCUCCCGUACGAGCACACACCCCAGCGCGCCCAACCACAGCGUGGAGGAAGGAACAGCAACAGGCCUCGACCUUCAUCUCCCGGAAGUGAAAUGGUGACGUUGGAGGAGUUUCUACAAGAGAGCAACCUCAAGUCGCCGCAAAUGGUUUCACUUGGAAGCAGAGAGGACUUAAUGAAGGAUUACUUCACCAGAAGUCCCGCCCCGCCGGGUCCCGCCGUCAGCGAUCAGAUCACCCCCACCAGCUACGUCACGCCCACCGUGCAUACAUCGAACCAGAGGCCGGGCCAGAGUGUUAAGCCGUCCCCCCGACAGCCUGUUGGUCAAUCUCCGGCCUCGGGUCGCCCGAUUAGCCAGCGAACCAACCGCUCGCUUAGCAGGACGUUCAGCCUGGCGUCGGCGGAUUUGCUGCGCUCCAACGGCCCGGACAGUUUUCGCGGAAAUGGAGGAUCCCCUAACCAAUCGGAUUCGAUCAUUCGCCGCCAGGGAGGCGGGGCGAGCGGAAGAGAGAGGCCGCUCUCCGCUCGUUUGGCCGGUUCAACCAAUCAGCACGGAGACGGCGGCUUCCUGACUUCGCCCGUUCACCACUCGUCUUCGCUCGCCCUGCCGACCGAGAGACCCGGGGACAGAGACUGCGAGAGGGGGCGAACCCCUGUGGCUCAUAAUGGCCCCCCUUCGUCUUACCAUCACCGUGGCGAGGUUGCCAUGGUAACCCCGGUGAGGGCCGUGCCCGCAACCCAACUGGGUGACGCUUUGGAGCGGGUACAGGAAAUACAAAAUGGAGACGGCGAACGGCCAGACUGUAGUUCCGUGGAGCGGCCAAAAAGCACACCGGCGUCCCCCGACCCCAACAACGACCCCCAGACGGUGUGGUAUGAAUACGGCUGUGUCUGAAUACCGCAGCCAAUCAGAUACCAGCCUUGUUCUCUGUACGUGGGAACCUAAGGUCUCGUACAUCCGGCCUUCCCAGUUUUUCCGAUGUGGUUCGUCUUUAACUGGAAGUCACCAAACCUGGCUUUUGGGGUCCACAACAGAACUGGAUACUGAAGCAGCCACCAAAGGAUUAUUACCGUGACAAGAGACUACUAGAUACUGAUCUCGGUAUUAGUUUGCUUCGGGUAAAAAGAACGCAAUGGACUGAACCCAGGACCAAACUAGCACACCGAGACCACCUGAGAGAUGGGUGUAGGUUCCAACAGAACGCCAACUGCACCGACGCACCAGAAUACCGAUAGAAUGUCACCAGAUGUGAUUGAAACCUUGGUGAUGGUUAGCAAAACCCGACCAAAACCUGAAGAAGCAGGAACUGGAGAAACCUGGAAAAUGAUUCCAUUGUCCUACGAUCAAAUCUAACCCGGAAGACCUCAUGUGUACGUAAUGUACACUUGACAUACGCGGUCCAAUCAAGGUACCGCGUAUACCGAUAGAAUGUCACCAGAUGUGAGUCAACCCUGGUGAUGGUUAGCAAAACCCGACCAAAACCUGAAGAAGCAGGAACUGGAGAAACCUGGAAAACGAUUCCAUUGUCCUACGAUCAAUUGUAACCCGGAAGACCCCAUGUGUACGGAAUAUACACUUGACAUACGCGGUCCAAUCAAGGUACCGCGUAUACCGAUUAUUUGGUCCGUUGAGUGAUUGAAACCUUGGUGAUGGUUAGCAAAACCCGACCAAAACCUGUAGAAGCAGGAACUGGAGAAACCUGGUAAACGAUUCCAUUGUCCUACGAUCAAAUGUAACCCGGAAGACCACAUGUGUACGGGACCUACAGUUGACAUACGCGGUCCAAUCAAGGCACCGCGUAUACCGAUUAUUUGGUCCGUUGAGUGAUUGAAACCUUGGUGAUGGUUAGCAAAACCCGACCAAAACCCGAAGAAGCAGGAACUGGAGAAACCUGGUAAAUGAUUCCAUUGUCCUACGAUCAAAUCUAACCCGGAAGACCUCAUGUGUACGUAACGUACACUUGACAUACGCGGUCCAAUCAAGGUACCGCGUAUACCGAUUAUUUGGUCCGUUGAGGGAUUGAAACCUUGGUGAUGGUUAGCAAAACCCGACCAGGAACUGGAGAAACCUGGUCCUACUUGAUCCUACGAUCAAAUGUAACCCGGAAGACCUCAUGUGUACAAAACGUACACUUGACAUACGCGGUCCAAACAAGGUACCGCGUAUACCGAUUAUUUGGUCCGUUGAUUCCAAGUAAGUGUGUACCAAGUAUCAUUUUUCCACCAUUUUUGACUACAAACAAGAAGAAAAAACUGCGUUCCAGUCUGUACAUAUGGAACCGGACCACCUAAUUCGACGAGUAGCAUCAGAACUGAACUGGUCGUACCCCAACAUUUGUCUCGAACGAACUUUGUUCUCGAAAGAACGAAGAAGUCUUACCAUGUAAGAACGGCAGACCAAACGGCGGCGACUGGAAGGGUUUGGAACUGAUGCAACCGAUACCCGAGUCAACACUCGUUCCGCUUAGGCCUAUUUGAACAAAGAAGCUAUGAGAAUACUGCGAUGUCUUACUUUUAGGGGUGUCAUGGGACGCCAUGAACACGUUUUGGUGUGCACCUCGGUUUAAAGUCACCGUCGGGUUCAUUUCGGGGUACAAUAAAGGGACCUUGACGACGAAAGAGGGACCGGGGACCGCGAUUCUCGAGCUUUUCACGUGGACCGUGUGGCGUAUCUCUCUACCGAACUUUACCGUUACACUUCUAUGACCUACCGAACUAAGGACACGUCCAUUCAUUUUCUACCAUCUUAUCUUCACAAGGGCGGCGGACGAUGCUGGAGUCUAUCCCAGCUGUCUUCUUGGGGCGAGAGGCGAGAGGUACACUCUGGACUGGUUUGCCAGCCAAUCACAGGGCACAUAUAGACAAACAACCAUUCACACUCACAUACAUACCUAUGGACAAUUUGGAGUCGGGAAUUAACCUAGCAUGUUUUUGGAAUGUGGGAGGAAACCGGAGUAACCGGAGAAUCACUCGUCCACCGUGCAGCCCAUAUUUGUGAACAGUUUAACGAUAAUUCAUGGUUCCAUUUAUCACAGUGAGUCUUCCAGGUCCUGAUGCAGCAAAACAGUCCCAGACCAUCACACUACCACCACCAUAUUUUACUGUUGGAAUCAUGUUCAUUCAUUUUCUACCGCUUAUCCUCACGACGGUCGUCACCGGCUGUCUUCUUGGGGCGAGAGGCGGGGUACACCCUGGACUGGUGGCCAGCCAAUCCCAGGGCACAUAUAGACAAACAACCAUUCACACUCACAUUCAUACCUAUGGACAAUUUGGAAUCGGGAAUUAACCUAGCACUCGAAGUACUCUGAGAAAACAAUGGAGCAAACUCCACACACAGAUGGCAGAGGGUGGGAUUGAACUCUCGGGUCUACCAGCUGUGAGGUCUGUGCGCUAACCACUCAUCCACCGUGCAGCCCCGGACAUGUCCACACAAACAAAAAUACAAAAAGCACCUGUACGUUUGUAAGUAAUAUUGAAAUACUCGUACUAAAUACCUAAUGGCAAAGCAAUCCAAACUAUACUUCUUGGUGGAAACAGGACUUGGUGUAUUUGGAUUUUGAAGUACACCGUGUAUUCCUCUUUGAAGUAUUCCACUUGACAAACAGCCAAAGUAUCAAUUGCUUAAGAACAACAAAAGAUGGAAGUAGUCAUCCAGAUUCCGUGAUUAUGAAGCCGAGUGGCCGUACUGCCGUCGGAAUGCCGAUGGAAAACCGGGGGCAGCAGAGACCCCCCAAUGGAUAAGCACUAGAUAGAACAAUGGCACGGGAACGUGGACUUGUUUACACUGGACUUGGAAAGAUGACCGGGAACCUUUCUUCCCGUGUUUACCCCCCCCUCCCCCUGUGGGAUGUGAAGCACGUUUCUAUAUGCAACAACCUAAAUUAUUGGCACUAUAUGUUGAGGAAAACUGGAUUUUUUUUGGGGGGGGGGGUCAUUUUUGGAAGGUUUGAUUUACUAUACCACUAACACAGUUGACAUGUAAAUAUUUAAUAUUUCUAGAUUUUGAUGCUUUAAAAUUGUAGGAAUAAUUUACUUAGUUGAUGAAACUGGAUUAAAAAAAAUUUUAAUUUUUUUUUUUUGGGGGGGGGGGGUAAAAUGUACUAGCUAGCUGAAAAUGCAUACCAAAAAAACACAGUUGAUCUGUAAUGCGGUAUAAAAUAAAGACCCUAAACGAGCUAAUUCCACUGGAAAAGUUUAAUAUAUGUAGAUUUUGAUGCAAUAAAUAAAAUAUUAGAAAUAAGAUUGACUUAGUUGAUGACUUAGUUGAUGACUUGAUGAUCACUAACCUGAUUUUUUUUUUUUUUUUUUUAUUUUCUUCCAUCUGCGCUGAGGCAGACUGUGUUGGUGUGUUUGCUGAUAUAAGAAAAUAUAUUAAAUUCCCCAAGGCUAUUUUUUUUUUACCUCCUGAAAUAACACUUGAAUGUAUCGGACAUUAUUGGCUGUCUGAGAGGAAAGUGUAUUUGUGUGUGUGUGUGUGUGUGUGUGUAUUUCUUUGUGCACCCCCCCCCCUCCGAAGGAUAAAACAUCCUCAGAUGAGAGAACUCAAUUUGCUGAUUGGGCAAAUGUAAUGAGACUAUUUUUUUGUGGGGGGGAAAGUGAUGUUAUGCUACAGUCGGAAAGCUUGUGAUAAUAAAGAAAUGUACCAGCGGCUGCCUUUUCGAGUGUUCAUGGUAACAAAGAGAAGCCUAUAAAAAGGUUGCCAAUGGACCAAAUACCACAGAGAACCCCCCCGGCCCCCCCUUGGCUUUCCAGCUUCUUAAAAUAACUUGUUUUGUUUUUCCGAUAGAACCAUUUAAGGUUUAAUUGCCUUCUACAGGAGGAGAUGAGUUUUCAUCUGAAAAGCCCGACACAUUCGAUCUGCAGCCAAACACAAGUAUAGCAAGGGUGUCCAAAGUGCGGCUUGGGAGCUCCAUUUUACUGGCCCCUAGUCAUGUGAUGAUGGCGUGU